AUGCCGCCGCUGCCGGCGGGCCUCCCGCCGCUCCCGCCGCAGCUGGGGACGCUGCGGUCGACGCAGGACCAGCGGGCGGCGCGGGAGCCGCUGCUGUCGUUCGACUGGGGCGUCCCCGCCGGUGGCGGCGGCAGCUGGGAGUACGCGGCGUGGGGGGUGGAUGACGCGGCUGCGAGGGGCGCCGGGGCUCGGCUGCGGCGGGCGGCCGAGGCGGUGCGCGCGGCGGCCGCGGAGAUGUGGGCGUUCGCGCGCAAGGACCCGCGGAAGCCCGUGUUCGCGGCGAAGGUGGCCGUGGCGCUCGCCCUCAUCACGCUGCUCGUCUUCCUCCGCGAGCCCAGCGACAUCGUCAGCCACUCCGUCUGGGCCAUACUCACCGUCGUCGUCGUCUUCGAGUUCAGCAUCGGUGCAACAUUGAGCAAAGGGCUAAAUAGGGGAUUGGGCACUCUUAUUGCUGGAGGGCUUGCUCUGGCAGUCGCUGAGUUGGCAGCACAAAUGGGAAAAUAUGACAUGGUUAUCCUCAUCAUAAGCACCUUUGUUGUUGGAUUCUGUGCCACCUUAACAAAGCUGCACCCGAAGAUGAAACCAUAUGAGUAUGGGUUUCGUGUGUUCCUGCUGACCUUCUGCUAUGUUACGGUCUCUGGAUACAACACAGGGAAAUUCACUGCCACAGCUAUAAGUAGAUUUGUGCUGAUCGCUGUUGGUGCUGCUGUCAGUCUCACCAUCAACAUAGGUAUACACCCUAUCUGGGCUGGCGAGGAUCUGCACAAGUUGGUGGCAAAGAAUUUUUCUGGUGUCGCAAAAUCUUUAGAAGGAUGUGUUGAUGGAUAUCUGAGCUGCAUGGAAUAUGAAAGGAUUCCAUCAAAGAUACUCACAUAUCAAGAAGCAUGUGAUGAUCCUCUCUAUAGUGGAUACAGGGCAGCUGUUGAGGCAUCUGCACAGGAGGAAGCCUUGUUAGGAUUUGCUAUAUGGGAGCCACCGCAUGGACCUUACAAGAUGAUGAAAUAUCCAUGGAAGAACUACACCAAAGUUGGUGGUGCGUUGAGGCAUUGCUCAUUCGCAGUCAUGGCGUUGCAUGGUUGCAUACUUUCAGAGAUUCAGGCACCACCAGAGAGUAGAAAAGUUUUCUGUGCUGAGCUUCAUAGAGUAGGCCAAGAAGGUGCUAAAGUACUGCGCGAACUUGGGCAGAGAGUCAAGACGAUGACGAAACUGAGCUCUCCAAACAUUCUCUCAGAAGUGCACUUUGCAGCUGAAGAGCUGCAAAAGAAGAUCGACGAGAAGUCUUACCUUCUUGUCAACACAGAAAGAUGGGAAGUCAUUCCACGGCAUGAAGGAACUUCGCAAAUCCACGAAAAUUCUAAUGCUACCGACAAAGACAACAAGGAUGAAUCGCCUGAGCACACCGCUGUUGAUAUUGGUUCCGUGCACAUAUCAAACAGCUUCGCUUCAAACCCAUUCCUCGCCAGAGUCGAUUCUUCAAACCCAUUCCUUGGCAGAUACGAUUCAGGAUCAAUGGUGGGCGGUUCACUUAAGCCGCAACCAUCUUGGCCUGCUCGACAAUCGUUCCAUUCCAACUUGCCAUUUGAAGGCGGUGAAUCAAGAACAUAUGAGAGUGCAAGCGCCUUGUCGCUGGCCACAUUCGCUUCGCUCCUCAUUGAGUUUGUUGCCCGGCUCCAGAACCUUGUUGAUGCAUUCGAAGAGUUGAGUGACAAGGCCAACUUCAAGGACCCUGUGGAGGAACCUGCUGCAGCCAGCAGAGAGAGCUGUGGUUUUUUACUUAGAAUACGCAAAUUUUUACGAUUACAAGGGUGAUUCAGAUGACAG